UCUUUUUCCAUCAAGGUAUCCAAAUAUACACACACACACUAAGUGUGUAAAUUUGUGUGCUUUUCCUUUGAAACACAACCCAAAUCAAACCAAACAAAACACUUGAUUUUGGUUGCUUUGUUCAUAGGUUUUAGGUAUACAAAACAAGAGUGUUUCUUUUUUAAAAUGUGUCAGAAUCUUGAUUCUUUCUUCAUUCAUGGUUUUCCUCCACAUUAAGUUUCCAAAAACUUCAUGAACACUUUUCAAAAACCCUUCUUUCGUACAUUUUCCAACUGUGGAUGCUCUGACUAUUUCAUAUAUUAGUGUUGCAACUUGACCUGAAUCUUCAAGAAGGAUGCUAGGUGUUAAAUCAAGAAAUCUUGGAACAGUUCCGGUGACGACGACACGUGGAGCGGCCACCACGGGUAGUGGUGGUAGGGAGGUGGGUAUGGCUGCUUGGGAUCUCAGGCCAUGUGGAAUGCUGGUGCAGAAGAGGAAUUCAGAUGUUCAUCAAAAUAAAACCAUAGUUCCCACCAUUAGAGUCAAAGUCAAAUAUGGUUCAUCCUAUCAUGAAGUCCACAUUAAAUCACAAGCAACAUUUGGUGAGUUGAAGAAAAUGUUAGCUGGGCCAACGGGAUUGAACCCUUUGGAUCAAAAACUAGUAUACAAAGACAAAGAAAGAGACUCAAAAACAUAUUUGGAUGCAGCUGGAGUCACAGAUGGGUCAAGAAUGUUAUUGUUUAUCGAUAUACUGACUCAAGAAAAAAGGGUUCUCGAGAAUGUUAAAACUGCGAAAAUUGACAAAGCUAGCACACAGUUACUCGAGAUCAGUUCAGAAAUCGAUAAGCUUGUUAAACAGGUUGGUAAUUUGGAAAUAGAGAUUUAUGGUGGAAAGAAAGUGGUGGAAAAAGCCUUGUUGAAUUUGAUCGAGUUGUUGAUGUCCCAAUUGAUCAAACUGGAUGGAAUUGUGGCAGAUGGUGAUGUGAAGUUGCAGAGGAGAAUGCAGGUAAAAAGAGUGCAGAAAUAUAUAGAGUUUCUUGAUAUGUUGAAGAUUCGAAAUUCCAAGAUCGCAAGCAAUGGUAACGAGUGUAAUGUACGAGCCCCACUGCAACGCUUGAAUAAGAUCUCGUUCGAGUAAAAUUCGAGGCCAAUCUUGGUUACAACUCCAUGGAGAAACAUUGAUUCACAGAAGCUAUUAUGGAAGUAAAAAUUUGCCAAGGGAAGAGCUAUAAAGAACAUGAACUCUGAAAAGUCUUGGUUGAGAUGGCACAUCCUUUGUUCUCUUUCGGUAUUUAGAUACAUAUGUUCUUUUUUGUCAGUUCCUUUAUUUGGGUUGCAAUUUGUAUAUCUUUUUUGUAUAUAAGAUACUAGGUUAUUGCCCCGUGUAAUACACGGGCUGAAUCACAAUCACAAUAUGAAAUAAGAAAAAAACAUGUUCAUAAUA